AUGGCCGUCAAAGUUCCCGAAUCUGUCUUGUUCAAGGCUAUUCGAGCCCAUAACCCUGCCUCUACAGCGAUCGUGAAUCCUGCAUCUGAACAGGGGUUCACUUAUGGUCAACUUUUGAACGAUUUUCUGCGAGUCAAAAAACAAUUGUUGCAGAACAUUGGCCAAAGGGACCUCUCUGGCGAGCGUGUGGCAUUCCUAGUGGAUAAUGGAUACAACUACGUGGGUCAGACACCCAUUGGUGAUCUUGCACCUGAGACCAGCUCGUUGACGCCCAGAUCUANNGUAACAUUGUUGGCCAUCUUCGCUUGCAACGCGAUCGCUGUCCCGUUGGCUCUGUCUUUCCCCACGAUCGAAUUGAGGCAUAUCAUCAAUGUCAGCCAGGCUGUAGUCAUACUAACGUCAAACAAAUUCGCAGCAAAGGCUCAGGAGAUCAUUAUCGAGGGCCUCACUUCGCUAGCUAGCUCCUUUGAGGUAGAAGAACUCCUUAAUCAAUCCGAAGAGAUUGUCGUAUCUGAUCAAGACAUGCCCUCUACUGUAGAGGCCGGUAUGAUGCUUUUCACUUCUGGGACCACUGCAAAGCCAAAAGGUGUCUUGUUGUCCGAUGCUACUCUGGCCGCUCAAGCAAAGAGUCUGCUGACCGCAUGGGACUACGCACCCUCCGAUCAUCUACUGCAUGUUCUACCACUCCAUCACAUUCACGGCACAGUAAACGCUAUCCUCACACCACUGCUUGCUGGCAGCUGCAUCGAAUUCAUGUAUCCAUUCAGAGUCGAAGAAGUCUGGAAGCGACUUGCGGCGCCUUUCAUCGGCACAGAAAACGAUACACCCGUCGCCGUAAAACCUCCCAUCACAUUCUUCACCGCGGUUCCAACCAUCUGGUCUCGUUUGCUGGAAGCUCAUUCGUCUCUGGCCCCCAGCCUCCAGACAGCUGGUAGAGAAGCGAUAUCUCGCAAACAUCUGCGUCUCAACAUUUCCGGUUCUGCAGCUCUGCCCAAGCCAACCCGUGAUGGAUGGACCGAGCUCUCUGGAGGAAACAUCUUGCUCGAGCGUUACGGCAUGACUGAAGUCGGAAUGGCACUCUCUUGUGGUCUCCGAGACGAAGACCGCCUUGAUGGCUCCGUUGGCUGGCCUCUGCCUUCUGUACAAGUCCGCCUUGUCGAAAGUAAUGACAAGACCGGCGUGGCAACCGUCAUACAGCUCGGCGAAGAAUGCGACUCUGUCACCGGCAAAGAACGCCAGGGAGAGCUUCAGUUGCGUGGACCAACCGUUUUCAGGGGCUACUGGGCUGAUCCAUCCGCGACUGCAAAAGAGUUCACGGACGAUGGAUGGUUCAAGACGGGCGACAUAGCCAUCCGUCGUUACAUGCCUGGUGCUGGAAACGGGACGUCAGGCUCUUGGGCUCAAGGACCGGCAUACUUCAUAAAAGGACGACGCAGUGCUGACAUAAUCAAGACCGGCGGCGAAAAGGUGUCUGCCCUCGAGAUUGAGCGCGAAAUCUUGUCUCUACCCCAGGUUAGCGAGGUUGCGGUUUUGGGUCUGCCAUCCCAGAUAUGGGGCCAAAAGAUUGUGGCUGUCAUCGCUCUAUCCAAAAAGUUUGUGGACAGUGGCGAGCCUUGGACACUGGCAGAUCUACGAGAUAAUUUGAGAGCUCGUCUGGUGGGCUACAAGAUACCUCAAGACCAGGAGAUUGUAGAGAAGAUCAAGCGGAAUGCGAUGGGCAAGAUCAACAAGAAGGAGUUGGCACAGGAGGUCUUUGGCGAUAUUGAGCAGAUCAGGAGGAGGAGUAUGGUAUUAUUCGAGCAGAAAGCGCUGCUCAAAAAGACUGCUGCCUGA